AAAACAGUGGAAUGGACUCUAGAGGGGCACUCUCUCACUGUCUUGUGAGGGUAUGAGAGCUACACUUGCUCCAAUCAGAGAGGAGUUCACCAUCAUAAACAAGAACUAAAAGGCAAGAGAAGACAAAGCCUUUGCAUUUUGCUAGUGGAGAAGGAUUUAUUCAUCUGCAUAAGACCCACGGAAGAUGCCGGCAGUUAGCGAGCGGCCCAAGCUGCCUACUCUCAUUCUCUUAAUUCUCGCUUUGGCAUCCCAGAAGAGUCAAGGAAGUCCCCGGGGCCGCAGGGAAGCACGGGCACAGGGCUACAAAGAAGAGAAUCUCCUCCAUCUCCUUCAAGCACCCGGUGUUUCUAGUAGCGCCCAAGUCCCGCAGCAACUCAGCGCGGGUAGGGUGCGCUCCUCCAGUCUGCUGGAGCGCAUUGUGUAUGGCGCUACCUCUUCUUCCUUGUUUUCCGCCGUCGAACCCCAGAUGGACAGUGAUCGCGUACUCUCCUCCUCCUCCUCCGCCGCCGCCGCCGCCGCCGCCGCCGCCGCCUCCUCCGCCUCCCCCGCCUCCUCCGCCUCCUCCGCCUCCUCCGCCGCUGCCGCCUCUUCCUCGUUCUCGUCCUCGUCCUCCUCCACAGAACCAGUAGCCUCCGGCUCCUGGCUCCUCAGCGCCCCCAGGAGUGCAGAAAUACUUCCAAGGGAUUUGAACUUAAAGGAGAAGUUCAUAAAGCAUUUCACAGGACCAGUCACAUUUUCAGCUGAAUGUAGCAAACACUUCUAUCGACUGUAUCACAAUACAAGGGAUUGCGCUGUACCAGCUUAUUACAAAAGAUGUGCAAGACUGUUAACAAGGUUAGCAGUGAGCCCGCUGUGUACACAGCCUUAGAAAAUCUGGCCUAUUAUCUUGGAAUAAACCCUAAUUUGAAGAAAAAGUGCCUUGGGAUUUUAUGUGAUGUAAUGAAAAUGAAAAACCUCGUUCCAUGGCUAAAUAGGAUUAAUAUAACAAGAAAAUCUCCAGGAAUAAAUGUAUUUUACUUGCAUUAUAGAAUGAAAUUUUUUAUCUCAUUUAUCUUUGUAUAUACACUAUAAUGUUGCCCAUUUAAAAAUUCCUCUCAACCUCUACUUUCUAAAUGGAGCCUUAAAAAAAAUAGGCCUUCAUGUGGUAUUUUUUUUUUACUAUAUACAUUUUAUUUGCUCAUAUUUAUCUUAAUUUACAAUUUAAUUUCAUAAAUUAAAUUAUAUAUUAUCACUUAAGCAAAUUUUUUGAAUUGAUUGUAUGACAUUAUUUACAAUAUUUUACUUGAUCAAUAUUAUAAUUAUGUAAGAAUUAAUUUUUAUAAUUGGUCACUUUAUUUCAAUGUAUUUAAAUUUUUUUUCUCAGGCUUUUAUGUUUCUUAUUUGCACUAAUUUAGAUGUGAUAUUCUUAUUCAAAUAGUAAUUUAGGAUGUUAAUCAAAUGGAAUUAUAUUUAUGUUAUUAAUUUAUAUUAGCAAAUUCUGAUGAGAUUUUGCAUGUGAAAAGAACAUCUAUGCACACACAUAGACAGUUCUGUUGCCAUUGCACCAGUGCCCAUUUGCCAUGUUCCUUGAAUAUCCUUUCCCACUUAGACCUAAUUCUCAUGCUGUUCUAAUGUUGAACAAUAUGGUAAUUUUAUUUCCAUGUUUGUUUCAUGUACAGUGUGUGUGACUGUGUAUGUGUACAUAUGUCUAUCUGGGCAUGCUCCCAUAUGCACAAAAACUAGAUUAUACUCCCCUUCUCAAUUCUGGCUUAAUUAGUAUUAGAACAAUUCACACAGGAAUACACAAGUAGGCAGCAAAUUGCAAAUUGAAUAAACAAGUUAACCCACUCAAUUCUUUAAUAAACCAACAAAUUACUUAAUUAAUUAUAUUUUCCCUCCUCCACUGUUUGUGUUGGUAAUAUAAAGACAUAGACAUACUUUUGAAUUAUCUAUUAUUUUCCCUUUUAGUUGUCACUUUGAUUAGCACCAACAAUUGAAUGUGUGCAGUAUAUGUUUAUAUAUUAGCAGAAAAAGUUCAAAAACAUUUUGAAGUUCAGGAAUAUUUAUAAUGCUAUUUUAGGUAAUCAUCAGUUACAUUUGUACUGACAUACAGGAAAGAAAUGCAAAUGAUGUCUGUGAUAAAAAGAAGACUGGAAAUUUUGUUGAAUAAAAAUAAAAUACAACCUGCA